UAUAAAAAGAUCCCGUGAUAUAGUCACCAUUUGCAUUUUGUGUCGUGUGAUUCGUUUUUUUGUAUCUGGACUUCCAAAUCCCGGUUUGUAAUUUUAUAACUAUUUAUUUAUAAUUAAUGUCGUCGGUGACCACACCGCCUCAGCAGGAUGUUUCGAUCAACAGCGAGCCUUCACGGACCGAGCCGAAAAACGAACCCGUACAGGUUCCUGAGGUGACUGACGAACUUCCCCCGGACAUCGUCCUACCGAGGGGCAACUCGGAGCCCGUUCCCAAAUACCACGGCACGUCAAGAAUUUUCCCCUUGUCCCAUUUGAAGCACUCCAAGAAGAAGCUUCGCUACAGGCUCGAGGUAAAUUACAAGACGAUAAACCAUGUGUUGUACGACAGAGGAUGGUCUCAGGUCCAUGGUGAAAGCGACGCCUGGGACUUCUUUUGGUGUGACUUGAGCCACCUGGGUGCGGUACUCGAAAAAAGGCUUCAGGGGUCGCAGAUGGUGCCACACUUUCGCAACCACUAUGAGAUAUCGAGGAAGAACCAUUUGGCAAGAAAUAUGGCACGUUAUAAAAAAACGCUUCAAAGAGAAGGACGGCCAGAGGAAGCAAAAUUCUGCGACUGCAUCCCUUUGACUUUCGAACUCCCAGGUGAAUAUGCUAUUCUGAUGUCUUACUGCAGGGUCAAUCCUGGUAAGAACUUCAUAGUCAAACCGGCCAUCGGUUGCAAAGGCAAGGGGAUUUUCCUUUUCAGGAAAAUAAGGGAGUUGAAUGAAUGGCGAGCUACUAGAGAUUGGUCUCGCAAUACAACCGUUAUUGAAACAAAUGACAAGACUGACCAGCCAAAGAUGGAAGAGAAAGAGACUCCUCCAGAAAUGUGGUUGGUCCAGACGUACGUUGAUGACCCGUAUCUCAUUGCCGGGCGCAAGUUUGACAUUAGGGUUUACGUCCUCGUCCUCUCGUACCUCCCUUUGAAAGUGUGGGUUGCCAGGGAUGGCUUCGCUAGGAUAUGCGGAGCUCCUUACGAUCUCAACAACCUCAAAGACACCCUAGCGCAUCUCACCAACACUUCUAUCCAAUUGGCCAGGGACAAUAAAAAUCCGGGAUGCAAAUGGAGCAUGAAAAGACUGAGGGAGUUCCUAUGUGCCAAACACGGGACUCCAGCUUUUGAACUGCUGAUGGAACAGAUCGGACAGAUUAUCAUCACAAGUCUUAAGAGUGUUCAAAAGGCGAUGAUGCAUAAUAAGCACUGCUUUGAGCUUUACGGUUAUGACAUAUUGCUUUCAGAAUCUUUAAGACCCUGGUUGAUAGAAGUCAACGCAUCACCUUCACUCGAAGCGACUGACGCCGAUGACUACAAGCUCAAAUACAACCUGCUUUCCGAUGUAUUCAACGUUCUCGAUCUCGAAGGAAUUUUGGUCGGGACUGAGUUGAGAGUCGGAGGAUUCGACCUUCUCUGGGAUGAUGGGCCUGUCCACAAGCCUUGCCCAAGCCCAGAUGAAUGUGGGCCAGUUUGUAAAAAACCACUACUCAACAUCCACCUCGGAGGACUUAACGAUCGAGUCAGGCAUCUCCAGGAUCUUCAGGAUUGGAAACACCUCAUGAUCGACAAUGCUGUCAAAAUCAAGCCGGAAGAUGAGAAAAGUACUAAAAAAGAAACUUCUAACCAUUUGAUAGGCUUUUGAACUUCCAAAAAAUACAAUUUAUCAUUGAAAUUAUUUAA